AGCAACUCUAUCGGCUUCACAGUGGGAUCUCGUUGCAUAGCACGCUGGGCUGCUGGGGAUGGAGGAACCUUUGAUGGACUUGGCCAAGGACAGUUGGAGCAGCGUUGUCCAUGUCAACAAGCAGGAGGUGUCAGUCUCAUUGCUCAGUGGAAAGGAGACCAAGUGUCCUUUCUGGCCUCAGACAACAGUGGGAGCGUUGAAGGUGGAAGCAUCGAAGUUACUACAUGUCAGAAUUAAGUGUCUUGUGAAGGACUCUCCAUUGUCUGAUGAAAAGCUUCUUGCAGAAUAUGUUUCGGGUGGCGACAACCUGAUGGGGCUAACAGAAGAUUCAGAGGACAAUAAUGAGGAGACGGACUUGAAGCUAAUUGAGGCGAGUUUGAACACGAUUCUCAAGGACUGGGAAGAAGCGAUUGAACAGCAAGAGCGCUUGACACCAACACGAGCGGAGGUGUGGGCAAAGGCUGACUUGGAGAUGCUGAAGAUUUUGUGCCCAGAGGACCCAGGGAAGUUUAAGGAGUAUGCCGAGAAGGUUCAGUGUUUGCAACAGAAGGGACGCAAACAAAGACAGGACACCAGCGGACUCGAGAAUGGUGCAAAGCUCAAGUCACCAGAUUUCUUGGAAUCCACCGACAAAAGAUUCCGCUUGGUGCUGAACGAAACUGGUAUUUUGACACUAUUACGGACUCCAUCGGAUGUCCUGUGGAGCAGUUGUCAAGAUCCAGUUUUUGUUUCUCAUCAAAGAUCAGGGAGUUUUGAAAGAGGUGAACGAGGGCGAGGCACUGCCAAGCCACCAACAUUUACAUUGGCGAUCGAGGAAGCAAAGUCAUCUGUGGCACUGGUCAUUAGGGACAGCACAAAUCAGGAGAUUUGGUCAACCAAGCAUCGGGACAAGAAAAACCGGGCUGUGCCAGGUGGCCGGCUUGAGCUUCAGAACAAUGGGCUUGCGAUCCUGUUCGAUGGCAACAACGCUCCGGUAUGGUCAACCGGAACUGAAGAGGGACGCAUGGCACUUCCACACAUAUGGGGCAUCGGUGAUCAUCACGAUUCGGGAGUCUACAGAAAUACCAUGAUGCACCUCAACGACCAAGAUAGGGCUAAGAUGGAAAGAUUUUUGUAUGAUUGGGCAUACACGGACAACCUAGUCCGUAAGGCAGGCUAUGUGAUGGCAGAUCAUUUGAAGGAUCAGACCGAUCACAAAUUGAUUUGGGAAAUCAGAAGCAAACUAGGCAGGAUGACCGUCGGGUACAAUCCCCGCCAAGAUCAAGGUCAAGCCAACUUGCUUGAUGAAUGCGUUGUGAGCUUUCCAGGGAAGUUUGGAGAAUUGUGGAAGAAGCUGCUGAAGAACCCUCGCUUGGCAUUGGCUUGUGUUUAUCUUCCAAAACCAGAAGCCUUCAUGCGCUUUUUCAAAGCAAACCACGCCAGGGAUCCUGAUGCUGCUCUGUCAAAACGAUGCUUUUGCUACUGCCAUCGGUUUCAUGAGAUGCAAAAGGAACAGGGUUGCAUUUGGUUUGAAUUGUGGAAGUGCAACGUAUUGCUGGCCAAUGAUUAUGAACAGGAUUUGGUCGUUGUGUACAACGACUAUGAUGCCCAGGAGCAGGAGCUGUUUGCCAGAAUCGAUGGAGGCAACUACAAGAUGACUUCGCUUGAUGAGGACCCAGACUUGCCACAUUGGGCAGAUAUACGUGGCCCCUGUAGAAUGCAAAAUUAUUUGGGUCAGUCCCAGAAGGCAGAAGUGGCAUGGCUCUUAAAAAAGAAGGACGAAUUUGAAAGAAAGGGCAGGCCAUUCAAGCUGAGAUUUGUGGGCUUGCGAAUGAUGGAACAGAAGCACAAACUUGGCUUGUUUCAAGAAGUUAACGAAGAUCCCCUUGCUUCCCAGAAGGCCCUCAUUUCAAAGCUGGAAACACCCGACACUGUGUUUGGAGGGAGGCUUGCAGAGCGGAGAAAUCUCAUGCCCGAAGAUGCUACAACACUCGUUGUGAUAGGCGAGACAGGUGUAGGAAAGAGCUCAUUUUGUGGGCUUGGUGACGGAACACUUGAGUGGACAGAGGAAGGAUGGACAUCCAGGUUCAAAGUUGGACAUAGCUCGGGCAAUUCGACAACCCGAGAAGUUCAGCUUGAAGCAGGAGAGUGGCUCAAUGAGAAGGAUUCGCAUGUGAUUUUCAUGGACACUCCUGGCUUGGGAGACUCGCAAGGAGAGGAAAGGGAUCAGAAAACCCUGCAGGAGGUGGGCUGUGCAAUCAGAGAGCUUGGCUGUAUACACGCAGUCGUGCUUGUCCUAGAUAGCAGCCCAACCUUUUCUGGGAAUUUGCGCAAAGAAUUGCUUGCCUACCAGAGGCUGUUAGGUGAGGAAAUGUGGCAGCAUUGUGUGGUUGUCGUCAACCGAUGGCAGUACGAUGCGUACUCCCAAAAGAAGCGAGAACAACGCAAAAGUCUAUCCGUAGAGGGUUUUAGCCAAUUUUUUCGCAAGAUGUUGACCGAGGAAAAGCUCUUAAGCUUGGAUGAAGAUACGGCAGAGAGAAUUCAAUUCUUUUUCAUUGAUACGACAUAUGAAAGGGAUGCAGAGGAUGAUCAGCAAAUCAUGGAGCAGGAGAGUAUGAAAGAGGAGCUUUCAAAGUUGUGGACACACUUGUCCAAUAGAACAGAGCUUCCAGAUUGGAGGGUGGCUCCUGUGUACAAGUCUGACACACUGAUUGGACUGAUUGAGGCUGCACAGUCUGGAGACCCAGAAGCACUGUUGAAAGCCUUCACCCGGGCCGAAGAUGAACACCCCAGGCCUCCUGAUGUGACUGAAGAGAAGCUUUGUGCCAUUGAGAUGGAAGCAAAGAAGAGAUCGCAAGACAUCAAGAUCUACGAAGCCCAAGAAGCUUUGCUGGACUUUGAAUAUUCUGGGUCAGUGAAAGAUGCGGAACUCUUUCAAGAAAUGGUUCGGUGUGCGAAGGAGGUGUGUGGCCCAGAGAAGCUGAAGGAACUUCCAGCCCUCUCUGAGUAUUUGCAGGCAAUGCUCGAUGGAUCGCCUUGCAGGCCACAAUGCCCCCCCCGGUUACUGGAAGUUGGAAAGUCAUGCCACAAAGCUGUGGGUCAGAAAGAGAACACGGAGGGUGGUGACAAACUUUUGGGUAGAGCAUGAUUUUUCCCAAAAUGUAGAUCCAGUACUGACAUGGGCUCACAGGAAGGAGCCACACACUGAGGAAGCGCUGCUGCAGUCUUUGCCAGAAUUAUUGGAGGAUCUGAAGGAUGUGUUGAACGCCAACACGGAACAGAUGUUGAGAGCCAUCAUUACAGAACAGGAAAAGAAAGAUCAGAAGCAAGCAGAAGUAGAAGCAGUGAAAAGUCCCACAGGCAGUGUGAAGUUGGAAUGGAAGCCAGAAGCCUUGGAGGAUCCUUCAGCAAUAAGCAACCAACAGGACUGCAACAAGGAUGUCUUUGAGGAGAGGAAGAAGAAGCAACAAAUCCAUUUUGAAGCAGAAGAAAGUCCCCGAGGUCUGAAGAGCCAAGCAGAGCCAGAUGAGGAUCCUUCGGCAACGAGCAACAAUCAGGAGUGUGCAUUAAUGUGAGCUGGGGCUGGCAUCGGCAGUUUGUUGUUGGGCAGGCUGCAGGUGCACGGCUUCAAACUCGUUGGAGGGCAGUCGCAGUUUGGCAAGGAGGACUAUACAAUAUAUACACAAAUAAUACUAUCUUGGAGUUCGACUCAUCCACAAAGCAUUUGCAAUA